CAUAGAUUUUUUUCUAAAAUUACUUUGAUAAGUUUAGGGUUACUGACCACAUGACAGUGACCCAGUAUCUAAUACGCUAUUAUUAUUCAAAGAGCUGUUACUAGCGCUGAGGUAAAUAAUAGCGUUUCUCUUAUAGUACCGUUUGUUUCACAAAGUUGGUAUUGGUUCCGAGAGACUUAUCUUUUGUUAUGGCCGAUUUUUUCCACGUUUAUGGCAAUUAUUUUUUGCGUUCUCCUUAAAAAGACAAUUUGUAAUCAGGGCUUCGAAUUUAACUUGUUGCCCAUUAAGUUUUUCAGCAUGAGAGCGUUGCUUUUUCUUUGAAAAAAUUUUCCAGUUGAUGUUUUCCAAUGAUUUGAGAGACUUUCUAUCAAACAAUUAAAUCGCUCUUUAAAGUCGGAUGAUAUGUGCUAAUUCCAUGGCCGGGAUCUUCAAGUUUAGUCUUGAUUCCAGUAAGACCACAGAUACUCCACUCCAUUUAUUUUGGUUCCUUGGAGUGGCCGUUUUUUUUUAAGAGCACUCCUUGUUAUGAAAAAUAAUGAUGCAGAUUGGUAAUGGCUACACCCAAGCUAAAGCUUUCCUCUGGGGAGCGCUAAACGACUGGAAUGUAGUGCGUUUGCAGCUCCCUUUCGUGUCAGAGCAAGAAACUCUCAAUCUGUUUAAAAUGUACUGAAUUUUAGAUCAAGAAAGUCAAGUUUAGCAUUAAGAGAAUAAGCGACUCCUAUAAGCUAACUAAGCAAAUGCGCAUCAGGAAUUGCAACGCCGUUUUUAUAUAGUUGAUAAUACUUCUACUGGCGAUGAAAAAGCUUAUAAAAAACUUUUAGAAGAGCAAGAGGAGCGAUUUCUUCACCUUUACAAACAAUUAGGAUGGGAUGAAAGCAAGGGGUCUCCCAUGAGCGCCGCCGAAAAUUUUUUUAACAAAUUUAAUGAAGUUCCACAACCGAAAGAUUUUGGAACUGAGGACGCGCAAAAUGUAAUUAAGCGCAGCCGGCUUGCUAGAAAGUCAAGAAUUCAAAUUAACGAAUUACUUCGCUCUCACGGCCUUUAUCGCUAUCUUGUUGAUCUACGCCAAGUCUCCCAUCAAACAAGCACCGGAAAAGUGCGUUCCACAGUUGCUGUUGUGGUUGUUGGAAACAAGAACGGCAUUGCUGGAUUUGCUACCGCAAAAGCGGACGUUCCCGCCAAGGCCGUCGAAGCUGCCACGAAACGCGCGAUAAGAAGACUACAACCAAUUACAAGAUACGCCAACCACACUCUUUGGCACGAAGUACGGGCCAAGGUGAGUGGGACGGCAAUAUGGAUGAGGCCCCGGCGAGAAGGCUCUGGAUUGAUUGCUCACACCCACUUGGCGAUGCUUUGCGUGCUGUCAGGCAUUAGAAACUGUUCGGUGACUCUGAUAGGAAAUGCAAAUGCAAUGAACAUGACGAAAUGCUUCUUCAUCGCAGUUUGCUCACAGCGAACCGUCGAGGAAGUUUCUCUACUCCGCGGUGUUAACUUAGUGCCCCUCAAGCAGCGAGUUAAAGUGUUGUGAGACUUCUUGGCAAUAAAGAUGACGCCGAGGUUUCACUCGAACGAACCUUACGUGUAAAAACACCAUACGCCGGCCACGUUGGUACUACUACGCAGCACUCGAACAGGGUAAGGCAACUCUAAAGA